AGUGUCAGCGAUGCGUCUCCCUAUUGGCUGUCACAAAGGAAGCUGUGUGUAGGAUCCCGUGGAUAUCGGAGCUGUGCACGGUCCUGGCAUCAUGGCAUCGGCUGGCAAUGCUGCCUCUGCCCACUUCCAGAGAGCCAGCCUGUUGUGGAUGACGGUCAUCACCCUGUCUAUGGGGUUUUUCGCAUGGACGGUAUUCUGGCCAACGAAGGUUCCAUAUGAGCAUCUUGGACCUCUCGGAUCAUUCGUCCAGUAUCUGGUGAAGAAUCACUAUAGCACCUUGUUUAACGGGUUCUGGGUGGCGUGGUUAAUACAUGUCGCUGAAGCUGCUUAUAGUUUACGACUCUGCAGUGCGAAAGGAAUCACAAACUCGGCAGCCAGAAGACAUUGGGUCCUCCAGACCUUCCUUUUCGGAAUCGCUUCUCUCUCUCUGCUUAUUGCGUACAAGCCGGUGAAGAAGCGACGCUAGAGCAGAUGAAAGGACAGUAUGGCGAGCAUGCUUCCAUGGAUUUCCUGGAUUGACCUGUUGUAUAUGUUCAUGAAAAACCUUUAAGCUGCAGGGAUUUUUAAAUCAAUUGAAAGACUCUUGUGCACUGGCUCUUUUUUAAUAAUACAGACUCCGUUUAUCCUCAGAAACCACAAGCAGGAAAUGUAUAGGGAAAAUUUUAAGUCAAAGUAUGAAUUAGGUAGAACCUGUUUAACUAUGAUGUUACCAAGGAAAUCAUCGAAGACAAAAUAAAUGACCCACAAUGGUCACCUUUUAGUAAACCUGACUUGUAGUGAGACAGUAAGCAUGUUAUUGAAAACACAUACAGUACAAACUUAUUGUACAUUUUAGUUUCUUUUCUGUUUUAAGGCGUUCAAUACAAGUAAAAAAAGCCAUUUACACAGCAGGCUUUAAACUGGACACUACAAUUCAUUAAAUAAAGGGUUAUAAAACAUUGUGUUCA